AUGUUGAACAAGAGAAAAGUUGACAUAUGCAUACAAGAGACGAAAUGGAAAAGUCAGAAGACUUUAAUGAUUGGAGAUAGGUGUAAAUUGUACUAUAAUGGAAUUCUUAGUAAUAGGAACGGUGUCGGUAUUAUCCUCAGUCAAGAUCCAACCUCCUCAGUAGUAGAAGUCAACAAGAUCUCUGAUAUACUAAUGAAGAUAAAACUCUGCUUUGGUCAAUCAAUAUUACACAUCCUUUCAGUAUAUGCCCCUCAAACGGGUUGCAAGGAAGAAGAGAAAGAUGACUUUAGAGCUAUCCUUGAUGAAGCUGUAAUGGAAAUCCAUAAGGAUAACCUAAUCAUAAUAGGUGGUGACUUAAAUGCACAUGUGGGAAAAACAAGAGAUAGCUAUACAAAAGGUAUCAUGGUGGUUUUGGAUAUGGAGAAAGAAAUGACGAAGGAGAGCAUAUACUGA